GAAGAAGAAUGAUGUGAACAAGGAAGUUGAUCAUUUACAGGAAGCCUGCGUAAGCUGCCUUUUGUUUUGUUUUGUCUUUGUUUUUCUGUACCAAACUGAUAGUCUUUUCAUCAGGGUAGGUAGCUAGAUAAGGUAAUAGGUUAUAGUUUAUCUAAUUUGUUUCUGUUUUCUAGUUAAUUUUUUAUGACAGUUGGUGACAUUUGGCGUAAGCUGUGAGCUAGCUUUACACGCUAACAACAGAGCUAAUAGGCCUGAAGGCCUAUUAUAGCUCUGUCUAUUGUCUGCCCGUCAGUCAUAUACUUAUCCUGUUUAUAUCAAGCAGCUAAUUUUAAGGCGUCGUUUGGGAACAAUUGUUACCACAUUGAAUAAAGCGCCAGGACCGCUGUCAUCCGUUCAUCACCCAGGUAACGUUUGCUGUACGUUACCGGCUAACAGUUCUUACUUUGGUCAGUUGGCUGACCUUACGAACGGAUCGUUUAGCGCAGUCACAUAUACUGACAAUAAAGGGAAACCAACACUACAACAGACGAAAAGGAAAUUGGAUGACUAUGUAUGCCCCACCUGGUUCUACUUUCCCUGGAGGUCGGAGGAGGAGAGGGGGCACCUCACUGCCCAAGCAGCCGGAGCGGAGCCUGGUGUCGGCUCUGCCCGGAGCCCUGUCCAUCACAGCGCUGUGCACGGCUCUGGCGGAACCGGCCUGGCUCCGGGUUCAUGGAGGCACCUGUCCGAGACAAGAGCUGGGGGUGGCAGAUGUCCUGGGGUACAUUGACCCCAAGCUUUUGGACGAUUACUGUGUGAACCCACAGACCAUCUUGCUGCUGAGGGUGAUCGCUGCCUUCUGUUUCCUGGGCAUCCUGUGCAGUCUGACUGCAUUCCUCUUGGAUGUGUUUGGACCCAAGCACCCCGCACUAAAGAUCACACGCAGAUAUGCAUUUGCACAUAUUCUCACAGUGUUGCAGUGUGCCACAGUCAUAGGCUUCUGCUACUGGGCCUCGGAGCUCAUCUUGUCACUUCAGCAGCAACACAAAAAGUACCACGGCUCUCUCAUAUACGUCACUUUCGCCAUCAGCUUCUACCUGGUGGCGGGGGCUGGCGGAGCCUCUAUCCUUGCCACAGCUGCGAACCUCCUGCGCCACUACCCCACCGAGGAGGAGGAGCAGGCUUUAGAGCUGCUCUCGGAGAUGGAGGACAGCAGUGAAACUUUUCCUGCUGAUUAUGACAUUGCCAAUCAGUUUCAGCCACCGCCUGCCUACACGCCCUAAUGCCGCCAGACUGGCUUUGUUAACACAUGCUUCUCUCUCAGCACGGCUAUUGGCUUGAUGAGCAAACCCCACUCUUUAUCAAAUGGAUAUCUUCGCAAAUACUCUCCAUAAUGAACACAGCGUGCACAGUUAGUGCACAAACUCCUUUACUGACAGUGCUUGGGUGCAUGAAAGCUUUCUUUAGUGGUGGCAGAAAUUUAGGAGAUGAUUCUUACUUUCACCACUGAAGUUGUUAGUGAUUUGCAUGUAAAUGGCUUUUAGGAUUUGGUUCUUACAUGUGAAGCAAACUAAACUGCAAGGAGUGCUCAACAGGGCUCAUCACAAGAAAUUGAUGAAACAGCCACAGCCUGAUCAAUGCCAGUUAUUGAAGCUGGGCUGUCGGCAGAUUGUCACUGGCUGUAUUGCUCUUGGUUGGACGUGGAUAGAGCUUUGUUAAGCAUCAUUUUGAUGUAAUUUUUGAUAAGCUUGCCAUGGGUAUGAUUUUAUUUUACCGAUACAUCAAACAUCAAGACAACAAGACAUACACUGAGAAGUUUGUUUUAAACAUUUCUUUUAUAUAUAAUAUCAAAUGGACCUUAUUUAUUAUUUAGCUGUCUGUGCUGGGUCUUACUUUCUUUCCUUUGCUUUGUAGACAUCUGUCACUGGUUUAGUCUUAUUUAAUCACAUCUGUACUUGAAAUCACACAAGAAAAAAUGUGAGACCGGUCUUUGUGGUGUUUUUAAAAAGGAUCAUGGCAUGUGUUACGUGUCGAGAGCAGCCACGGAAAAAUUGAGAAACAUGUCUGUUUCAUGAUAAGUGACAUUUAGUAACAGGAACCUCACAGCCUAACGUCGUGUCAUGUUUCUUGUAUUUGAUUUUUUUUUUUUUUAAAGAAACCUUAUUUGUACUUUGUGAUUACCAAACGUGACAGUUGUGUUUUCUAUGCAUGAGUUCUUUCGUGUGCAAAUUUUAAACCUUCAGGCAGAAUUUUAUGAGAACAUCCCACAUAAGGUUCCACCUGAAGCUUAAAAUUGUGAUUGAUGUGGUGAUUCUAGUUGGUUGUGUAUUGUUAUGUUUACUCCAUUUCUGCUUUUUGUUCCUCAAAUUGUCGCUAUACUUUCAUCACCAGUAUGUAAAUAAUGAUUGUUUAUACAUAAAAAGUGGUCAUAAUAAAAUAAAUGCCGUA